AUGAGCAAAUCUGAAGAAAAUAAUACUUUUCUUGAUGAAAAUUAUAUUGUUGAAAAUAAUUUUUCUGAAAUUAUUAAUGAUAAUACUUUAGAUAAUAUUAGCUCUAAUCACGAAAGAGAUGAAAUUAAUUUUAUUAAUAAAGAUAAUAUUGUGAAAAUGAAGCUAAUACUAGUCAA